AUGUCGCAACCCGGCGCAAAGGCCAAGGGGCCGUCCCUCACCGAGUACAAGGCCAUUGCCGCCGAGUGGGAAAAGGCGAGAAAGGCCAAGGCGGCGGCCGAUGCCAAAGCAGCCAGCCAUGGCUUGCUGACCGAACGAGAGCGGGCCGAAGCCCUGCAGAAGAAGCGCGAGAAACUCAACAAGCUGCGGCAGACGCGGUACGAGAAGCGCUGGCUGUGGACGGUCGCCUUUUGGGUCUGGAUACUCGCCAUCCAUGCGAUUGGCCUGUGGCUCUUUACGACAGGUUUCUUGCUGACCAGGCUGGUGCUGCACGAAAAGUCGAGCUGUGAUGCGCCGCCCAUCGACGGUACCAAGGGCCUUUUCAACCCAGACAAGGGAUGCUGGCACCCAAAGACGUUUGAUCGCGCCGUCGUCAUCCUCAUUGAUGCUCUACGAUAUGACUUUACUGUUCCUCAUGCGGCUGACAGUCCGCAUGCCUACCACAACGCCUUUCCUGUUCUUCACGAAAUGGCCGUCAAGUCGCCGCAGAAUGCCUUCCUGCGACCCUUUAUCGCUGACCCGCCGACAGCUACGUUGCAGCGCCUCAAGGGCCUUACGACUGGCACGCUGCCUACAUUUGUCGAUUUGGGCAGCAACUUUGGAGGCGAUGCAAUUGACGAGGACAAUUUACUCAUGCAGCUGAAGAACAACAACAAAAAGGUUGCCCAGAUUGGCGACGAUACCUGGUGGAGUCUUUUCCCCGGCUACUUUGAACCAAACAUCAGUAGAGCAUAUGACAGUUUCGAUGUCUGGGAUCUGCACACUGUUGACAACGGCGUCAUUGACCACCUCUUCCCCCUUUUGGAGCCCAAAGCGAAAACACAAUGGGAUCUACUCAUUGGCCACUGCCUUGGCGUCGACCACGCCGGCCACCGUUAUGGGCCCGAGCACCCUGCCAUGGCUUCUAAACUGCAACAGAUGGAUGAUUUCAUUCGCAACGUUGUUUCCAAGAUUGACGACGACACGCUUCUCAUUGUCAUGGGAGACCACGGCAUGGACAGCAAAGGUGACCACGGUGGCGAGAGCGAUGACGAAGUUGAAGCCGCUCUCUGGAUGUACGCCAAGCGGCCCAUCUUUGGCCGAACCCAUCCCGAGCACGCGAUUCCACCUCCAAACGCCAAGAUUCGACCAGUCAACCAAAUCGAUUUCGUCCCGACGCUUGCUCUUCUCCUUGGCAUCCCCAUCCCAUUCAAUAACCUGGGCAAGCCGAUCGAAGAGGCUUUUGCCGGCCCUCGCGGCAAUGACUGGGCUAACCUUGCUGCCGUGUCGCGCGUUGCCGCGGCAGGUACUGAGCGCUAUCAGAAACUGUACUUUGAGACACGAGGCAUCGCACCGGCGAGCGAUCAGGGUAGCCCUGCGGCGCUGUGGACGGCGGCCAACUCAAAGAGCCUCUCUGGUCGCAAUCUCUACGAUGCGCUGUCAGCCUUUCAGGAGCGGAACCUUGCUGUAUGCAAGAGCCUCUGGGCGCGCUUUGAUGUCCCGCGCAUGGUCAUGGGUGUAUUUGUCACCGCCAUUGGCCUGGUUGUCCUGGUUAUGUACUCAUCGCGCACCGAAGACGACGAGUACGUGGUCCUAAACAAUGCCGAGCUCGAUUAUGCCGAGAAGCAGCUCGAACAGCUUGCAGCUUCCGAAGACCAGGAGGAGCCCGAGCAUCCCGACCAGUCCUUCCACCGAGACAUUUUACACUGGGCCUUGGACCUGCGCGUGAUUCUCGUCAUUGCGACGCUGACUGGCGCCGCCGUCUUUCGUGGACAGCCGCUCGAUGGACUGGCCACGCUCGUGGCGACCAUCAUGAUUGCCAGCACCGGGACCGCGCUCUACAAGCACGGCAGGACCCUGCGCAACCUUUUACCAAACACGUUUUGGGGCUGGAUGGCCGUCGUCUUCACCGUCAGCCACUCUCUCGGCUUUGCAUCCAACUCGUACACGAUCUGGGAAGACUCCAUCCUGCUCUUCUUCAUCACCAGCUUUGGUGUCGCCGCGCUCGUGUCCUCGUUCCGCAUCGAGUCGUCGCGCGUCGACCUCUACAUGGGCAUCUACCACUCGGUCGCCUUCAUCGUCCUCGGCCGCAUCGCGUCGUACUCGAAGCUCUGCCGCGAGGAGCAGAUGCCCUACUGCCAGUCCACCUACUACAGCUCCAGCGCCUCGUCCACCUCGGCGCCCUGGCAGGUCGUUCUGCCCUUUGUCGUGCUCCUCGGCCUCCCCGUGCUCAUCAAGUCCUUCCUCACGCCCACCAAGUCGUACGCGGGCCUCGCGCCGACCUGGAUCGGCCGCGUCUUUCGCUUCAGCUUGUUCCUUUCCGCGCUGUACUGGCUCGUCGACGCCGCCAACAACGGCAAGUGGCUCGCCGCGUCUCACCUCCCCGAGAUGGCCCUCAAGACCGCCGGCGUCUACGUCGCGCAGCUCACGCUGGCCAUUACCGUCGUCGCCGGCACCACUGCCUAUAUCUGGGCCCCGCCCUCUGUCGCCAUCGUCCCCAGCCAGGGCCGCAUCACCAUCCUGGGCUACGCCAACGCCCUCGGCGCGCGCUACCUGCUCCUCCCCGUCAGCGUCCUCGGCACCUGCCUGCUGCUCACCAAGCCCAUGGGCGCGGGCGCGCUCUCCCUCAUGAUGUGGCAGCUCCUCGCGCUCGUCGAGCUGCUCGACCUCAACGGCCUCAAGACGGAGACGAUUGGCCCCGUCAUGCUCGCCAUCCUCGGCAACUUUUACUUUUUCAAGACGGGCCACCAGGCGGUCCUCUCCAGCAUCCAGUGGGACGCCGUCUUCAUCCCCCUCUUCACCAUCCGCUACCCCUGGGCGCCGCUCAUCGUCGCCGUCAACACCUUUGCCGCCCAGAUCCUCGCCGUCGCCAGCCUGCCCCUCGUCGCCCUCUGGAAGGUCGGCCCCAAGCAGCGCGGCGUGCUCGAGACCGUCUCGCGCGCCCUCGGCGUCUUCAUCGCCUACUAUGCCGUCGAGGCCCUCGCCACCAUUGCCUGGGCCGGGUGGCUGCGCCGCCACCUCAUGCUCUACCGCGUCUUUAGCCCCCGCUACAUGACGGCGGCGCUGCUGCUGCUGCUGCUUGACGCUCUGGGCAUCUUGAUCACGCUGGCUGGCGUGCGGAGCAACUCCUUGGCCGUCAGUGAGGUAUUUGGCUGGGCUGAGUAG